AUGCUCCUCCUCCACCUCAUCUCCCGCCUUCUCCCCCUCUUCGCACUCAUCACAUGUUCCCUUGCGGCAGAAGAUCUCUACAAAAUCCUUGGAUUGGACAAAUCUUGCUCGGACCGCGACUUGAAGACAGCCUAUCGAAAACUUUCCAAGAAGUACCAUCCAGACAAAGCCACAGGGGACGAGAAGAAGUUCCUAGAAGUCACAGAGGCAUAUGAAGCGCUAUCGGAUUCAACGACCCGCAAGAUAUAUGACCAGUAUGGCCAUGAAGGACUAGAGAACCAUAAACGAGGAGGCGGCGGAGGUGGCCACCCACAUGACCCUUUUGACCUUUUCUCCAGAUUCUUUGGUGGCGGAGGUCAUUUUGGUCGUGGGGCCGGUAGCGGCGUGCGAAGAGGUCCAGACCUAGAAGUCCGUCUGCAUGUCCCACUACGAGACUUCUACACGGGUGGGGAAACCGAGUUCACAAUUGAAAAGCAACAAAUCUGCGAAGAAUGUGAAGGGUCAGGUUCAGCAGACGGGCAAGUGGAGACUUGCCAUAAAUGCGGUGGCCGAGGCAUUGUGAUCCAGAAACACAUGCUCGCACCGGGUAUAUUCCAACAAGUCCAGAUGGGGUGCGACCAGUGCGGUGGACAGGGAAAGACCAUCAAGAACAAAUGCAAAGUAUGCGGGGGAGCCAAAGUGGUGAGAGGUCCCACGACUUUAACUGCCGUGAUUGAAAAGGGAAUGCCCAAAGGUCACAGACUCGUCUUCGAAAGUGAAGCCGAUGAGCAUCCAGACCACGUCGCAGGAAACCUUUACGCGUACAUAAUGGAAUCAGAACCAGUUAUCAACGAAAAUGAACGAGACCGAACCGACGGAACCUUCUUCCGCCGGAAAGACAACGACCUUUACUGGAAAGAGGUCCUCUCUCUCAGGGAGGCCUGGAUGGGCGAGUGGACGCGGAACAUCACGCAUUUGGAUGGUCAUGUUGUCCAACUGUCCCGCAAACGCAGAGAGGUCGUUCAACCCGGUCAAACCGACACAGUCAAGGGCGAAGGGAUGCCCAUUUAUCACGAGGGACACGUGCACGAGCAUGACCAUGAUGGCCCUGAGUUUGGGAAUUUGUAUGUGCAGUACGUGGUGGUGCUGCCAGACCAGAUGGAGGCGGGGAUGGAAAAGGAGUUUUGGGCUCUGUGGGAGAAGUGGCGGAAGAAGAAGGGGGUGGAUUUAUUGAAGGACAGUGGAAGGCCAGAGCCGAUUGUAUCAGUAAAAGAUGAGCUGUAG